CUUGCCUGAUGAUGUUUUGAUUUUCGUCAUCGUCCGCGAAUGUUAAUGCUGAGAAAGUUUGUUUUUCGUGUUUUCGAAUUUUAAAACUAUAAAAUUCUACCUUUACCUUUGUCGUUUAAUUUUAUAAUCUAUUCAGAGUGAUUGUGUGCAAAAAAUGGGAACAUCCGAUUGGGACAUUCUCCGGAAGCAGGCCCGGCAUCUGGAAAACGAAAUCGACCUGAAGCUGAUCGCCUACAACAAGGUAGGGGCAGGAAGCAGUUCGCUCAGCAGUUCCCCUUCCGGCGGUUCCAGCCCGCUCGAUACGGCUCCCCUUCUAGGGGACCAUGUAUUCGAGACGUUGUCGCUGGAAAUCGAACAGAUGCUGGACAAGCUGUCCAACAUCAACGAGAAGAUGUCCGAAAUUCCGGGCACCGGGGCAGCCGUAAUGCACGUGCUUCAGAGACACAGAGAAAUCUUACAUGGCUACAGACAGGAAUAUCUGAAAAUCCAGGCUAACCAUACGACUCGCUUGGAACGGGAAGAACUGCUCAGAGGCUCCGGACUGGGUCCUUCCUCGAUGAGCUCUCCAUCCACUUCCGGUUUGAGUCGCCGGGAUAUGUAUUUGAAGGAAAAUACCCAUCUGAAUAACUCCAGCUCGAUGGUCAACGAUCAGAUAAGCAUCGCAAUGGAAACGAAGGAACAUCUGAAUUCUCAAAGGCAGCACAUGAAGCGCUUCCAAACCCGGAUGCACGACAUUUCGCAUCGGUUCCCGAUGAUUUCUAGUUUAAUUCAACGGAUCAACAUUCGAAAACGUCGAGAAUCGCUGAUACUGGGCGGCGUGAUAGCAGUCUGUACGAUUCUUCUGUUCCUGUAUGCGGUUCAUUAAUUUUGUUCUUUUCGUAGUUGUUGUAAUGAUACUAUCAAACUGACUAAAGGUUACUUUACAAUUCCUCUAUUGUUAUAUUUAUAUUUUACCUAAAUAUCGGCAACACAAAACACAUGAAAUCGAGCAAUAAGAAAACAUAAUUUACUUUCUCAAAAAAAUCCUUUUAAUAGGGUAGUUGUUUAUAUUAUUACCGAUUGCCAGAAGGUUAAUGUACAGGAAAACAAAAUAAUUCAACGGUUGAUAUUGGAGGAUGAACUUCAACACAGAAGCUUCUAUUUAACAUACAUUUACCUAAUUUGUACUUUUUAGAACAUCAAAUCGUGAAUGCAUGUGUAUUAAAAUAAGUCACUUGACGUAAUUUGUGAUAA